AUGUGCAGUGAGGACAUGAAAACGGAAAAUGCAACAGUGCUGACAGAGUUUGUUCUCACGGGACUUACAUAUCAAUCACAGUGGAAAAUCCCCCUCUUCCUGGCAUUCUUGGUGAUAUAUCUCAUCACCAUGGUGGGAAACCUUGGUCUGAUUACUCUCAUCAGGAAUGGCCCUCAUCUUCACAUCCCCAUGUACUUAUUCCUUGGGAGUUUAGCCUUUGUGGAUGCUUGGAUAUCCUCCACAGUGACCCCCAAGAUGCUGGUCAACUUCUUAGCCAAGAGUCAGAUAAUGACUCUAUCUGAAUGUUUGAUACAAUUUUUUUCCUUUGCAUUUGGUGGAACCACAGAAUGUUUCCUCUUGGCAGCAAUGGCGUAUGAUCGCUAUGUCGCCAUAUGCAAACCUUUACUCUAUCCAGUGAUUAUGACCAAUGAACUAUGCAUCCGGCUGUUAGUCUUGUCAUUUGUAGGUGGCUUUCUUCAUGCUUUAAUUCAUGAUGUUCUUAUAUUCAGAUUAACCUUCUGUAAUUCUAACAUAAUACAUCACUUUUACUGUGAUAUUAUCCCAUUGUUUAUGAUUUCUUGUACUGACCCUUCUAUUAAUUUUCUAAUGGUUUUUAUUUUGUCUGGUUCAAUACAAAUUUUCAGUAUUGUCACUAUUCUUAACUCUUAUACAUUUAUUCUCAUUACAAUCUUAAAAAAGAAGUCAGUCGAAGGCAUAAGGAAAGCCUUCUCCACCUGUGGAGCUCAUCUCUUAUCUGUGUCUUUAUACUAUGGCCCUCUUCUCUUCAUGUAUGUGCGACCUGCAUCUCCAGAAACAGAGGAUCAAGAUAUGAUGGACUCUCUGUUUUAUACUGUCAUAAUUCCUCUGUUAAAUCCAAUUAUCUACAGCCUGAGAAAUAAGCAAGUCAUAGAUUCACUGUCAAAAAUGUUAAAAAGAAAUAUUUAG